GCAGCAGCAGCAGCAGCAGUGACAGCAGCAUGGCCUUCAUGGAUCAGCAGUGGUCUCCGACCAGUGUCCAGGUGACGGUUCUCCAGGCCAGAGGCCUGAGGACGAAGGGCAAGAGCGGCACCAACGACGCCUACGCGGUGAUGCAGGUGGGGAAGGAGAAGUUCCAGACCUCCGUGGUGGAGAAGAGCGUGGCUCCUGUUUGGAAGGAGGAGGCCACCUUCGACCUGCCGCCGGCAGGAGCAGCAGGAGGAAGAGGAGGAGGAGGAGGAGGAGGAGGGAAAGACCGCCGCACGCUGCACGUCCACGUCCUGCACCGGGCUCUGGUUGGUCCGGACAAACUGCUGGGACAAGCCGAGGUGGAUCUGCCGCUGCUCAGUGAGGACAGGACACGAGACAAGACCGAGUGGUUCAAACUACUGGACAAAAGUGGUAAGGCGGACAAAGACCGGGGCGAGGUUCUGCUGGACGUCCAGUUCCUGAGGAACAACAUGACGGCUAGCAUGUUCGACCUGUCGGCCGCCGGGAAGUCCCGCUCUCGUCUGAGCAAGUUCAAGGACAAAGUCCGCGGCAAGAAAAAGGAGUCGGACACCUCGUCGGACAUCGUGCCGUCAUUCACUCAGGUUCUGACGGACAGCGAGGAGGAGGGGGAGGAGGGGGGAGGGGAGGAAGGAGCUGCAGGGAAGGAGGAGAAGAAGAAGAAACAUAAAAUAAAGUCUUUGUUUUCGCACAAGUCCAACCUGCAGAAGAACCUGUCUCAGUCCAUGUCCGUCCUGCCGUCGAAGACGUCGUCGCUGAGCAGAAGCCAAUCGUCCGGGCUCAACGUGGACUUCUCUGAAGGAAAAAAGAAGUUUAAGUUCAAAAUCCACAAACGCAGCGGCAGCUCUGACAGCAAACACAGCGGCGGCGGCGGUGGCGGCGGCGGCGACGGCGACCAGAGCAACCUGUGCAUCAACGGGAGUCACGUCUACUGCGAGGAGCCGCCAACGCGGUCGUCACGCAUCGGGUCAAACUUCAGUCUGACCAGCUCUGGACACGGGUCCAUGGAAGACGUCCCCGAGAGUUCACCGACGUCUGUGGAGUCACUGCAGAGAUCCAGACAGUAUUCACCCUGGACGGAGGAAGAGGAGGAGGAGGAGGAGGGGACUAAAGAGGACAAGAGUGAAAAAGAGGAGGAAACAGUCAGGAGGCGAGAAGAGGAGAUGAAGGUUAGGAUUGAGGAGGAAAGAAGGAAACAAGAAGAAGAGGAGAAGGUUAGGAUGGAGGAGGCAAGAAGGAGACAAGAAGAUAUCGAGAAGGUUAGGAUGGAGGAGGUAAGAAGGAGACAAGACGAGGAGGAGAAGGUUAGGAUGGAGGAGGCAAGAAGGAGACAAGAAGAAGAGGAGAGGGUUAGGAUGGAGGAGGUAAGAAGGAGACAAGAAGAUGUCGAGAAGGUUAGGAUGGAGGAGGUAAGAAGGAGACAAGAAGAAGAGGAGGAGGUUAGGAUGGAGGAGGCAAGAAGGAGACAAGAAGAGGAGGACGAGAGGGGUAGGAUGGAGGAGGAAAGAAGGAGACAAGAAGAGGAGGACAAGAGGGUUAGGAUGGAGGAGGUAAGAAGGAGACAAGAAGAUGUCGAGAAGGUUAGGAUGGAGGAGGUAAGAAGGAGACAAGACGAGGAGGAGAAGGUUAGGAUGGAGGAGGCAAGAAGGAGACAAGAAGAGGAGGACGAGAGGGUUAGGAUGGAGGAGACGAUGAGGCGACAGGAGGAAGAGAAGGUCAGAAAAGAAAAGAUGGAAUAUGAACAAAUGUUAAACGAAAAAAGGAGACAAGAAGAGGAGGAGAGGAUGAGGAGGGAGGAGGAAGAAAAUAAAAGACUGGCAGAAGAGAAAAGAAGACGAGACGACCAAGAAAACCAAUGGUUGAUAAAAGAAGAGAGAAAAGAGGAAGUAGAAAAGACGACGAUGCCAUCUACUGGAGAGACGGAGGAAAAGACGCUGAAGAAGAAGAAGAGUUCGACCGUCGCGUCUAAAAAUCCAUUCGAUGAACGUGUUUCAAACGUUGUCUCUGAAGAAGAAGUCGACAAGAACAACAGGAACGUGUCGACGGUCCAACAACGGCUGCAGCCAGUACGACCACUGGAGCAGUCCGUCCCUUCUCCUCCGAGCGGUAAAACCGUCCCCGGCCCAGCGCCCCCCGGUGGAGUUCAUGAGAAAACAAAGGUAAAAGCCUCAGAGAACAAAGGGCCGUAUUCGCAGCUCACUCGUGAAGAACUGGUGUCUCUCAUGAUGAAGCAGGAGACGCAGCUGUCGGACAGAGACAGGAAGAUAUCAGAGCUGGAGGACUACAUCGAUAAACUGCUGGUGCGCGUCAUGGAGGAGAAGCCGAGUAUCCUGAUGUCCCUGAACUCCCUCACCAAGGCUGUGUAGACUGAGUUCACCUCCUGUGCUCCACUGACGCUGCCUUCACCUUAUUAUUGUUGUUGUUACUAAAUGGUCCUGAUGAGAAACAAAACAUAUUCAAUUUUUUUCCUGACUUACUAACAAUCCUGAUGCUGUGUCUGACUCUAAUCAUUAUAAACGUUGUUUACAUCGCUGACUUGAUUUUUUUUUUUUUUCCUGUAAAGACAAUCAGUCUGUUUCCUACCUUCAGUGUUGACCUGCUGUUACCUUGUAGUCUGUACUUGGCUGAAAUGAGAUUUCCACUGAUCUUAACCAAACAGCAAACGCACUUUAAGCUUCUGAUAAAAAUGUUUCAUAUGCACUGAAUUUUUCUACUGUAAUCAGGUGAUGUUUUAUGGCAUGAAGGGAAAAAAUAUAUAUAAAUAAAGUCUAUAAAAUAAA